AUGGCGGAUUUCGGCCACUUUGCGUCCUCCGACGAGGAGAACGUCGAGGUUAAGCGCCUCAGAGCUGAAGUGGAUGCCGACCCCGAUAGCUUCGAGAACUGGGAGAAGCUCAUUCGCGCCUGUGAGAUGGAUGGCACACUAAACCGAAACUCGAGCCCCCAAGCGAUUGCCGCGUUCCGAGAUGCAUACGACGGUUUUCUCCUCAAGUUUCCUCUUUUCUUUGGGUACUGGAAGAAGUAUGCCGACCAAGAGUUCAACAUCGCUGGGCCCGAGUCCGCGGAGAUGAUAUACGAGAGGGGCGUCGCUAGCAUCGCCAAGUCGGUCGAUCUGUGGACUGAAUACUGUUCCUUCAAGAUGGAGACAACACAUACACCACACUUGGUUAGAGAGCUCUUUGAACGGGGCGCUACCGCCGUAGGCCUCGAUUUCCUUGCCCACCCCUUCUGGGACAAGUAUAUCGAGUACGAGGAGCGUCAGGAGGCUCACGACCGAGUCUUUACCAUUCUUGCACGAAUCAUUCAGAUCCCCAUGCACCAAUAUGCGCGUUAUUUCGAACGCUUUCGCCAGCUAUCCCAGUCGCGCCCCAUCGCUGAAUUAGUACCUGAACAGACGCUCGCCAGGUUCAGGUCUGAAGUUGCCGCAGAGGCUGCCGCCUACGGUGGUCAACCACGAUCGGAACUCGAAGUAGAACGCGAUAUCAGGACUAAGAUUGACAGCCACUACUACGACAUCUUCACGCGCACGCAAUCCGAAACGACGAAGCGAUGGACGUAUGAGUCGGAAAUUAAGCGCCCUUAUUUCCAUGUGACGGAGCUUGAACACCCCCAGCUCCAGAAUUGGCGAAAAUAUCUCGACUUUGAGGAAGCUGAAGGCGAUACCACCCGGGUUAUGUUCCUGUACGAGAGAUGCUUAGUGGCGUGCGCCUUCUAUGAUGAAUUUUGGUUCCGAUAUGCUCGUUGGAUGGCGUCGCAACCCGGAAACAAGGAGGAGGAAGUGCGCAACAUCUACCAACGUGCAGCGACGCUCUUUGUUCCCAUCAGUCGACCCGGAAUUCGUAUGCAGUACGCAUAUUUUGAGGAGAGCUGCGGUCGCAUCGAUAUUGCGCGGGACAUUCAUGCUGCGAUUUUAUUGAAGCUACCCGACUGUAUCGAAGCCAUUGUUUCAUGGGCUCAUCUCCAGAGGCGCCAGAGCGGCCUCGAUGCGGCGAUUGAGGUUUACAAGAGUCAAAUUGAUUCGCCUCAUGUUGAUAUCUACACCAAGGCAGCCUUAGUGACGGAGUGGGCGUUCUUGCUCUGGAAGGAGAAGGGAUCUGUUGACGAGGCUCGUGCUGUUUUCUCGAAGAACCUCCAGUGGUAUGGUGACAGCAGGAUCUUCUGGGAGAAAUGGAUCGAGUUCGAGCUCCAGCAGCCUACGAGCGUGACGCUGGAGCCUCAGCAUGCCGAGCGCAUCCAGCAACUGUUUGAACAACUUCGUACCAAGAGUCGCCUGUCAGCAGCGGUGAAGAAGGAACUCUCGCGCAGUUACUUUUCGUACCUGCAGCAGAGAGGAGGCAAGGAUGCUAUGAAGCAGUUCCUACUCUUGGAUCGUGAAACCUUUGGUCCCCCAUCAGUAUCAGUGUAUUCUAAGACACGAGCCGGAAAUAAGGAAAACGGCCUGACCUUGGCCGAGCUUGACGAUGCGACCAAGGUGAAGGCUGAAGCCAAAUACUGGACGUAUUACGACCUUCACGGAGAUGUGAGCCCUGAUGCUCAGGGCCCAGCCAGCUUCAACUAG